AAACCACUUCCUUAGGUGCCUUCAAAAUCACAAAAACAAGAAAGCAAAACGGUUGCCUUUGUGUCGCACUGAGAUGCAUAAGAAAUUAGUCGUUUCUUAUCAUUUACACUGGAAAUAAUGAGAGUUUCGUAAGAGAGCAUUUUAAGAUGCAUUUCCUGCAGUGUGUUUUGAUGCUCAACUUUAUAAUAUCUGAUGAUACCCUGGGGUUUAUUGUUCGAGGUCCCUCUGGUCCUCUGGUUGUACGUCUGGGUGGCUCUGUCAUUCUGCCCUGUUAUGUUGAGACGCCUUUAGUAGCAGAACAAGUGAAAGUUGUGUGGAAAAGAACUGACUCGGAGACUCUGGUUCAUCUGUAUCAAGAUGGUGAGAGUCGAGCAGAGGCCCAGCAGCAGGAUUAUCAUGAUAGAGCUCAUUUCUUUACUGAUCAGAUUCAACAUGGAAACUUCUCCCUCCGUCUGGACAAUCUGAGAGCUGAAGACAAAGGGGUUUACAGAUGUAAAGUUUACAGUCAAAAGGUUGCUGACAAAACUUUAGUUGAAAUAAAAGAUGUUGAGCGUUUGCUAGUAUCAGGAUCGAGUCGCUCCAUAUCUGCGUCUGUGGGUGAGGACGUCACUCUGAACUGCUCUGUAGACUCUCACAUCACACCUGAACACAUUGAAGAGGUUUCAUGGAAGAAAACAGAUGAAGAUGAAGAUAUUCUGGUUCUACUCUUCCAAAACAAUCAGACUUUAUCAGAUUCAUCAGAUGAGCGAUACAGAGACAGAGUUGAGUUCUUCACUGAUGAAAUCCCCAAAGGAAACUUCUCUCUCAGACUGAAGAGUGUCAGAACUGAGGAUAAAGGAGUUUACAUGUGUCAAGUGUUUGCUGGAGGACUUUCAGCCAAUGCAACUGCAGAUUUGGAGCAACUGGGUUUCUCUUGGCUACACAUAACUGUGUUGAUUCUCUGUAUUAUUGCACCUGUAUCUGCACUUCUGCUUUGCUGGCUUGUUUACUCUGGAUCAGAAAAUCAAGAGACAAGGCUGUGUCUUCAAGUUUGUCUUUUCCUUUGCCCGUUUAUUACUAUGCUGUUGACUUCAAUCAUCUGGCAUUUUAUUGAAGGUUCUCUGUAUGAGACCAUCUCUUGCUGUAUGCUCUAUAUUCUGGGGCCAUUGAGGUUGUUUUGGGUUACACCAUUAGCCACAGAUUUACCAGGUUGGUUUUUUUUUAAAUAA